CACGCGUGCGCGGCCGCUCGGGCUUGUGCAAGGCUUUUUUGGGGUUGCACGCAAGAGACGAAGAGAACCCCCAUGAAUCCACUAACCAAAGUGAAGCUUAUCAACGAGCUGAAUGAGCGCGAAGCGCAGCUUGGUGUACAAGAUAAGGUCUCCUGGCAUGCUGAGUACAGCGACAGUGCCUGGGUGUUUGUGGGUGGUCUUCCCUAUGAGCUGACGGAAGGCGACAUUAUUUGUGUAUUUUCACAGUAUGGGGAAAUUGUGAACAUAAAUCUGGUACGUGAUAAAAAGACAGGGAAAUCCAAAGGUUUCUGUUUCAUUUGCUAUGAAGAUCAGCGAAGCACCAUUCUUGCGGUUGAUAAUUUUAAUGGAAUAAAGAUUAAAGGAAGGACAAUUCGUGUGGACCAUGUGGCUAAUUAUCGCCCACCGAAAGACUCUGAGGAUAUUGAUGAUGUAACAAAAGCUCUCAGAGAAAGAGGAUGUGGUGCUAAAACACCUCCAAGUUCACCAGAGUCUUCAAAAGAUAGUGAGGUGGUAGUAAAGAAACACAAAAAAGAGAAAAGCAAGAAGAAGAAGAAAGAGAAGAGAGAGCACCGAAAAUGUGCGAAAGAGAAACAGCUUGCAGACUCUCCUCCUUCUAAAACCAGGAUCAAAGUGGAGAAGGAAGACCCAGGGUAUGAAUGGCAUGCCAGUGCAAGUCAGCAGACCUGGAGUAGCACAUCUGGGCACAAACAUGCAAGCUUGGCACAACAUGAACAGGAUAAAUAUGAGCAUGUGAGAGUGAGGUCUCGAGACAGAGCCACAGACAGGGACAGGCAAGAACAGAGAACAACCCACAGUGAAAAGCACAAGAAGGUAGAUACUCCCAAAGAAAGGCCCCAAGCAACAGAAAGCAGAAGAUCCUGGGAUGAUGGGGGAGAAGAAAAGCCCUGCAAGGAGGAGUCUUCAAGCCACCACAGACCCACCUGACCCUGUGACAUGCAGGGAGCCCUGAAUCCUUAGUGGAGUGAAUGUUGUGUGCUGUUGUUGGCCUCUGUUUUUAAGUAACUUUUUAUUGGGUUUUAGAAAUAGAAAUAAUGAAUUUUGCAAAUAAAUAGACCAAGUCUUCACAUGUCA